GCCUGGCCCAGUCCUUACCGGUCGGCGACGCGCACAGCUAAGCCCUACAGACGAUGGGGGGGCUGGCGCCCGCGGCCUGGACGCAGGCGACGGCGGACGCGAAGCGCGCGCUUGGGGACCAUGCCUCGGGGGAACAGCAAGUGAAGCACGCCGAGGGCCGCCGCAAGGGCGAGAAGGGUGGGAAGGACGUCAUGACCGCGCGCGUCCUCCUCCUCACCAAGCUGUGCCUCUCCUCGCCGCGCGAGCUCGCGAACCUCGCGGGCACCUGUGCUCCAGACGUGGGAGCUCGCCGGAUCGGGGGGAGGCAUCGGCGAGAUCAUGAUCCAGUCGGGCAUCAAGCACGACGAAACAUCCAGAAGCAUGAAAGAACGACAAAGAGCAGGAGAAAAGGGUAGACUUCCGUGUUCGAGGACCCCCACGCGUCCAGAUGUGGGCCGCCGCUUCGCUCUUUCUCAGCAACAACGCGGCGGCCUUCCUGGACGGCAAACCAGAGUACUUCGAGGACGAGAAGAAGAAGAAAUGCCACGAGUACUUCGCGAAGUACGUCCAGUCUGCGGAGCCGACGACGGUGGGCAAGCAUGUGCUCCACUUCCGCUAUCGGAAGCACAAGGGCAGGAAGAACGCGGAGGCGGACAGCGCUGCAGCCAGCAGCCAGGGAGCAGCAGCAGCAGCCAGCAGCGGCAGCAAGAAGGGCCGCCUGACGUUCGCCUUGAGUUACGAUGGCCCAGGAGAUCCUCAUCUGGUACCUCAACCACGAGAUCGCCUAGGCAGUGCAGUUGGUGGGUCCUGCCCCGAGGGGCCCUCUCGAGCGCGAGGCGGCCCGCCUCCUGGACGCGAUCGAGAAGAAAUGAG